AUGAACUACUUAUCGCGUAUUCUACGACCGCAAAUAGGUCUUUCGGCAACGCAUCGUGGCAUUUUGCCGCGGGUUCCGGGUGCACGAUCUUACCAUGCCAUAGCAAUUAAGCGGAAACGACGUCAUUCAAUCUCUGACGUUGCCACGUUCCGGAGUUUGAUGCGGGAGAACACUGUUCUGGGUAGCAGCUUUGCCUCCCGGUCCAUGUCCUAUGAUGCUAAAUAUCGUACUCAUUUGCAAGAAAUGAUAUUCGACUUAUAUCGCGAUGAAGAAAUUGACAAAAUAUUUUUACCAAGAUUUUUCAAGGAGCUUGUUGAGGCUGGAAUUCGAAAGGAUGAUCCUCGUCUAGAGCAGAUGAUCAAACAGGUCAAGGAAGCUGAGACAAUCGACGAACAAACAUUGACUGAUAAUCAGCAUUUCUAUUUAGAUAGAGAGACUUUCAAAAAGUGUGUUGGCAAUAGCAUUGGAGUAAUAGGAAAAGCUUUGAAAAAUCAAUUAGUAAUCCCUGAUUGGCCAUCCUUCACAUCGGUAAUCAAUGAGAUUUUCGAAGAGACACGUCAAUUUACACAGGGAAAUGUUGCAACUUACAUACCUCAACUUGCUCGCGCUAAUCCUAAUUCGUGGGCUGUUUCAAUCUGUACAAUAGAUGGGCAACGACGAAGCUGGGGAGAUGCGUUCAAACCUUUCUGUCUGCAGUCUGUGUCGAAACCUUUCACUUAUGCUAUGGUGCAUGACGAAAUUGGUCCUGAUGAGUUGCACUCGCACAUCGGGCAGGAACCGAGUGGUCGACUUUUCAACGAUAUAUCACUUGAUCAUAACAAAAAGCCGCAUAAUCCACUCAUUAAUGCUGGAGCAAUAGUUGCCGCAUCUCUUCUUAAACGACAAGCUUCCCUUUCCGAUCGAUUCGACUAUGCUAUUCGUCAGUUUCGCCGUUUCUGUGGAGUUGGCUAUGUAGGCUUCAAUAAUGCCGUUUUCCUCUCUGAGCGUGAAACUGCUGAUCGAAACUAUGCGUUGUCUUAUUACAUGAGGGAACACAAGUGCUUUCCGCCUAGUACGAAUUUACAAGAUACUGUUGAUUUGUACUUCCAACUCUGUUCAAUUGAAACCAACUGUGAUACAUUAGCAGUCAUGGCAGCCACUAUGGCCAAUGGAGGUGUGAAUCCCAUGAACGGUGAACGUGUAAUAAACAAUAAAGCAUGUCGUGAUACUCUCUCACUAAUGUACUCAUGUGGCAUGUACGAUUGGUCUGGACAGUUUGCUUUUAGGAUCGGUUUGCCAGCUAAAUCAGGAGUUUCUGGAGACAUGAUUAUUGUCAUUCCGAACGUUAUGGGAAUCGCUAUUUAUUCUCCUAGGCUUGACAAUUUAGGAAAUACUGUUAGAGGUGUCAAAUUGGCAGAAGCCUUAAUUCAGAAGUUCAAUUUCCACAAUUAUGAUAGCCUAGUCUAUUCCGACUGUCAGAAAAUCGAUCCUCGCAAAUCAGUACAGGAAACAGAUCAAGAUAAUACAAUGAAGUUUAUGUUCGCAGCUAAGUCAGGAGAUAUUUCUUCGAUUAAAAGAUAUUUGUUGAUGGGAAUGAACAUUCACGACAGGGACUACGACGACAGAACAUGCCUUCACGUAGCUGCGUGUGAGGGAGACGCCGAAUGUCUAGACUUUCUUCUAUCAAAAUGGAAGGAGUCACCAGAACCAUUGGAUAGAUAUGGUCGCACACCAUUCGAAGACGCAGUAUAUUUCAAACAUGAAGAAUGUGCUCAACUUCUCAAACGUUCAACGGAACGUUGGAAAAUAGCAGAGCAAGAUUAG